GGUGGGCGUACGGCAAAAGGGGAGAAAACUAGGAAGAGAGAAGAGAGAGCGCUUAUCAUAUCAUUAAUCACGGCCAGCUCACCAUUGCGAUUUGAUGAUAUGCUCUUCUGUUUAUCUCUCUCUCUCUCUCUCUCUCUCUAAUUAACAGCACCCACCCACCCAACUGAUCAUUCAAAUCUCUUUCUCUCUCUCUCUAUUUCUAUCUCUCUCUGUUUGGUUUCUCUCAAAUCUCACCCUUCAUUUCUUCUUCUUCGUCGUCGUCGUCGCUGCCUCUGGUCUCUGUCUCUGUUACCGUGAAUCUAUUCUGCCCUUUACUAUUAAUUGUUGAAAACUCGGAACUUUUUUCUUCUUCUUUUGUUGUAUGGCCCGGUUGUUCUUCCCCUUCCCUUCCCCGAGUCCUCUGUUGUAAGGGAAGGAAGGAAAUUCUGAGAUACUCGCCCCUCGCUUCUCCCUUCUCCUUGGGGAAUUUCUCGCCUUUGAAUGGUGGGUGUAACGACCUUGGAAUCACAGAGCUAGCCGUCAAGGGUGUUUUAGGUCGCCUCUGAAAGUUUGAAUUGAUCAACGGUGUCUGCAUCCUCCUUCGCGAAUCGCCUGCAUCUGCAGUUUGAUACCAUCUUUGGAUUCUGAUCCGAAAAGGAAUCGUUCUUUCUGGUGGGUUUGUUGGAGGAGAAUUAUGUAAGUUAUGGUUUCAACUGGGCUUAAGAGAAUUGUUUCAAGCUGCUGGAAGCCUGCGGUGGACGGAGAAUCUGUCAAUUGCAGAGCUGGAGACCCGGCCACUGGACGUGCUGAUGGAUUGUUGUGGUACAAAGAUGUUGGACGACAUGUGAAUGGUGAAUUCUCCAUGGCUGUGAUUCAAGCUAACAAUCUACUUGAAGAUCAGAGCCAACUUGAAUCUGGGCCCUUGAGUUCACUUGAAUCGGGGCCUCAGGGUACCUUUGUGGGAGUUUAUGAUGGCCAUGGAGGCCCAGAAGCUGCCCGAUUUGUCAAUGAGCGCCUCUUUGAGAAUAUCAAGAAAUUUACAUCGGAGAGUUAUGAAAUGUCUAGUGAUGUGAUCACCAGAGCAUUCUUGGCCACAGACGAGGAGUUCCUUGGCCUAGUGAAGAACCAAUGGCUAGACAAGCCACAAAUUGCUUCUGUGGGAGCAUGUUGUUUAGUAGGGGUAGUAUGUAGUGGACUGCUAUACAUUGCCAAUGCAGGUGAUUCUCGGGUGGUAUUAGGAAGGCUUGAAAAGACCAUGAAGCAACAGGAAGAAGUUAAGGCAAUUCAGUUAUCGUAUGAACACAAUGCCAGUGUCGAAUCUGUGAGAGAGGAGUUGCAACAAUUGCACCCCGAUGAUCCUCAGAUUGUGGUACUGAAACACAAAGUUUGGCGCGUCAAGGGGCUAAUCCAGGUAUCAAGAUCGCUAGGAGACGCCUACCUAAAAAGAUCAGAGUUCAACCGUGAACCUCUAUUAGCGAAGUUUAGAUUGCCUCGACCAUUUGAAAACCCAAUCUUGCUAGCAGAGCCAACAAUCAAAGUGCAGAAACUAACUCCUGAGGAUCAGUUUCUGAUAUUUGCAUCGGAUGGCUUGUGGGAGCACCUGACCAAUCAAGAGGCAGUUGACAUUGUUCAUACUUGUCCUCGUAAUGGUGUAGCGAGGAAGCUCUUAAAGGCUGCACUCCAAGAAGCAGCAAAAAAGAGGGAGAUGAGAUACUCGGACUUGAAAAAAAUCGACCGUGGCGUGAGGAGACAUUUUCACGAUGACAUUACAAUUGUAGUUUUGUUUUUGGAUUCCCAUACCAUAAGUCGCAGCAUGUCCGGAAGUCCAAGUGUUUCAGUAAGAGGAGGAGGAGGUGUGCCAACUUGGACAUAGCUCCAACGUUUAGUCUCUCGGAAUUCAACUACCAUGUUCAAUGUCCCUUGAUGUAAGCAUAUGAUCACGUCACCAAUUCACAUCGGUGGAUGCAUGCCAUGACAAUUAUGUAUAAAAUUAUCAUCACUAACAUCCGAUAUUCGUGAAUUGUACGGUCUAAACACAUGCUUAUACCGGGGAUUGUAAGCUGGCUAGCCAGAUUGAAUAUCCGUCUAAGGCUAGGGGUUGAGAUGGGGAAUGGGAGAUGGGAAGAACCAAGAGGGGUAUUAUUGAGCAAUAUGGCAUUUGGAGUAUAAAAAAGAGAACCCAUUUUGUGCAAUUUUCCUCCCUUUUUUUUACCAGGAGAUGAGGGAGUUGCAAAGAAAGAUUCAUUAUUGUUUCUUUCUUAGUUUCCCUCCAAUUCUAUAGCCAAACCUACUUAAAGGACAGAGAAAAUUCAGGGAAAAUAGGAGGGGAAAAAAGUUCAGUUCUGUUUAGUUCAUCAGUGGGCUAGCACAUAUGAAUAUUAUGUUGUAUAAGUAACUCUAUUCGUUCUGCAAAUUUCAAAUCAUAGUUAGCACCAUAAAAUAUCGUUUCGUUAAUUUGUCUGAUCCA